UUUUCUCAUUGUAUUGACUGCAAUUAGGUGACUGACAAGUAGUGGUAGAGAAUAGAAUCUAGAAACGUCAAGUGUUCCGUCUAACCAACAAAAACACGUCAAGUUUUGAAAAAAAUUGUGAUUUUUUAAAAGUGUUUAUUAAAUUAUUCGGUGAAAAUUCUUUUAGCGAAUGAUUUUAUUUAUUGUAAUCAAUAAUAAAUAAAAGUUUUAUAAGAAAGAUACCGCUUAAAAUAGUUAAAAUGUCUUGAUAUCUCUGAUAUCGAUUGAGUACGUGAUUGGUUAAAUUAGAAUCCAUGCAAGUAUGGCCGCCCUGCCAUCACCCACUCAGGUAGCUGGAAGCCAUCCAGAUAUUUAUGAGGCCUAUUACAAACAGGUUGAUCAAAAUGGAGUCGGAAGAAUUGAGGCAAUGGAUGCUGCGAGGUUUCUUAUGAAAUCCAAAUUAAGUGAUGUUAUUCUCAGUAAAAUAUGGGAUAUGGCAGAUCCUCAAUCACGAGGAUAUUUGGAUAAACCUGGAUUUUUUGUUGCCCUUAAACUUUGUGCAUUGGCACAACAAGCAUAUGAAUUAAAUAUGAUUAAUAUAAAUUUGGAAAUUCUUCCUCCAAAAAUGGGUGAUCUUCCCAAAAUUCAACCAAUUCCACAAAAGCCUGUGGUAACAACACAGCCUUUAAUAACAGCUGUUAGCAGUGGCGAUUGGACUAUUAAAUCAACAGAAAGAGUUAAAUAUGAUCAACUUUUCGAUAGUCUACAACCAACGAAUGGCUAUAUUCCUGGCAAUAAAGUUAAAGGUGUUUUAAUGGACAGCAAAUUGCCACUUGAAACACUUGGAAAAAUUUGGGAUCUCGCUGAUAUGGAUAAAGAUGGCAUGCUCGAUAGGCAUGAAUUUACUGUGGCAAUGCAUUUGGUAUACAAAGCAUUGGAAAAAUAUGCGAUUCCACACGUUUUGCCACCAGAAUUAAUGCCACCAGGAAAAAGGAAAGAUGUUUCUGAAUCAAAAUCGCCUGCCUUACCAGUAGUUGGAGCUCCUCCACCAAUUCCUCCACUUCCAAAUGUAUCUUCUGUUAAUAGUCUUGCGGGUUUGGAUAUUAAGCCCGUUGUUCAAAAGUGGGUUGUAUCUGCUGAAGAUCAAACAGCAGCCGAUAAAUUAUUUUUGCAAGCGGAUAUGGAUAUGGAUGGUUUUGUCUCUGGAGGAGAGAUUAAAGAUAUCUUUCUUCAAAGUGGACUUCCUUCCCACAAACUCGCACAUAUUUGGACUUUAUGCGACAUCUGUCAGAGUGGUAAAUUAAAUAAGGAACAAUUUGCUCUGGCUAUGUGGCUGAUUAAACAAAAACUCCAUGGAGUUGAACCACCAAAUGUUCUUCCUCUAGAAAUGGUACCUCCAUCUUUAAGGAAACCUAUGGAGAGUAUUGUGGAAAAUAAUAAUAUAUCCGGAUAUUCAAAUCCGGAAUUGGAUAUGAUUAGUAAGGACAUUGCUGAACUUGUUCGUGAACGGCAAAUAAUGGAACAAGAUAUUGCACAAAAGGAAGCUGAUAUAAAAAUAAAGAAUGGUGAAAUCAAAAGUUUACAAAGUGAACUUGAUACUUUAGCGGCGACUUUAAAACAGUUAGAAAAUCAAAGAGGAGAAGCUCAAAAAAGAUUAAAUGAUCUGAAGGCGCAGAAAGCAGAUGUAGAUAAAGAGUUGAGUGAAAUCGAAAUCGAGAUACAAGAUGAGCAGCAAAAGGUGGACAAAUUGAGACAACAAGCGGAAGAUCAAGAAACAGUGUUACGAUCACAAGAGGAAGAAUUAAAUUCUAAACGUCAAGAAUUAGAAGGACUGAAACAUGAAGAACAACAAUUGGAAUUACAACAAACAAAAAGUAGGGACCAAUUAAAUGAAUUGACAAAGAAACUUCAGGAAGCACAACUUCAAAUAAGUCAAGCUAAAGUGAAAAUAACUCAUCUUGAAGAACAACAAAGACAAAUGAGUGAUGCAAUUGCACUUUAUGAUUCUGCACUUGCCACUGGUGAUGCAAAUGUUGUACCAGACACAAGUCUUCAUUAUAAACCAGAAAUAGAAGAUUUAAUAAGAACUGAACAAGAUAAUUUUGCACAAUUAAAUGGAGUAAAAACUGAAGGACAAUCGUUCUCAAAUGUUAAUGGUAUUGGAGGCGCGUUUAAUGAAGAUCCUUUCUCGUCGAAUAGAGCUAAGGAUGCUUUUGGAGAUAAUGAUCUCUUUGAUAAUCCUCCGUCAGCUCAUGGAGCCACUGGUGGAUUUACCAAUGAUCCCUUCAUGGCUUUUAAUAAACAAGGUUCAACGAAGCAAGAGCCUUUUGAUCUCUUUGGAGAUAAAGUAAAACCAGUUGGUAUAUCUAAAGAUCCAUUUGGUGAUGAUCCAUUUGCUAAUCUUCAUGCACCAACACGUUCAGAAAGUCCUAGUCCUGCUCUUCCACCGAAAAAAGCAAAACAACCACCUCCAAGACCUGCUCCACCACGUUCUAAUCAAGGAAACACUGGAGUUAUUGGUCCAUUGCGAGCUGCACCUGCGCCACCAAUUCCUUCACCAUCACCUGAUUUAUUUGCAAAUUCAAGUCAUGAUCCAUUUGCAAGUCAAGAUACCAAGAAUGGAAACAAUUUUAAUGCUGGAUUUGCUGAUUUUGCAAAUUUUGAUUCCAAGCCGGAACCUGUUUCAAACCGAAUAGAACAACAGAGAAUAGUGAGCAGACCACGCACCACACCAACUCCAAAACUGCCGGACUUCACCGAGGAUCCAUUUAAAGACUAUCGCUAUGAAGAUCCAUUCAAUAUUGAUCCUUUUAGCGACGAAUUCCAUCAGACCGAAGAUUCCAAUGCCAAUAAAACAUCAUCCACCAACAAUGCAAGUAGAUUAGAUGCAUUUGGUUUUGAUGAAAAUUCAUUUAGUUCAAAUAAUUCAUUUGUUAAAGCUUUUGAUUCUGACUUUUCAAAAACAUUACCCCUUUUAAAAAACAAAAACGAUUCUCCUAAAUUCAAUGUUGAUUUUAAUAAAGCAUUCUCCAAUAAUAAUAAACAUCAAGGUUCAAAUACAAUGCGAACAAAGUCAAAUGCAUUUGGUUCUAAAAAUGAUAAAUCAGAUAAGAGAUCUCCAUUUAAAGAUAAAUCAAUGUUUGGUGAUAAGAGAAAUAAAAAUAAUUCUCAUAAAAGCAGUGAUAAAAGGGGUUUAAAUGUAAUGGAGGAAGAACAAUUAGCAUGGGCUUCUAGAGAAAGUUUAAAAGAUGAGAAUGAGAGGCGUAGACUUCAAGAUCAAGAGGAAAAAGAAUUGGCAUUAGCUUUAGAGAGAAGUAAACUUGAAGCUGGAAAGUCCGGGAACAAUUAAAAAAAAAAUUUUUUUCGCAUCCCCGAAUACAUCAUAGAUGAUGUAUUUUUACAUAUAGACCAUCAUUUUUUGUGCUUCAUUUAAAAAAAACAAAACAAAUGCUUUAAUUAAACUGCCGUGGUACAAGUGCUACUGUGACUUAGUUAGCUCUCAUUAGUUUUAUUGCUUUAUAAAUAAUUUAAAAGUGCAAGCACAUUGAACAUAGAUUUAAAAAUAAAAAAUAUAUAUAUAUACUCAGUACACAAGCUCUACAUAAAAAAAGAGUUGUACAUGCCAUGUAAAACUGUAUAAUCCAAUCGAUAAUUUUAUUUUCAAGUUAAACGAAACUUAAACCUCAAUUCUUUAUAUGAAUUCUUAGGAAAAAAAGUUUUGGAAAAUAAUUUCCAAAGACGUUGAAAUCCAUUUUUAAAACAAUGGUUUAUAUAUAUAUAUAUAUAUUAAGAUAGUUAUUAAAAACACUGUUAAUUAUUUAACAUUAAACAUUAUAUUUUAAGACAAAUUCCAGUUUAAAAAGUAAAUAUUAAUCAUUUUCAUUAAAAAUAUUCAUUCCUAUAAUUCAAAUGUUUUUUGAAUAAAAAAAAAUAACUUUAAAUGUUGUACAAAUUAUGAAAUGAUAACAUUAGUUUUAUUUUAUUUUCUGAACUGGAAUUCAUCUUUAUUCGUGAUUUCUAGAUUAUAUAGAAUUUUAUUUUGUUUAAAAAAAAAAAAGAAGAAGAAGCUUAAAGAGCUGUUAAAAAUUAUUUUUUUUUCCUUUUAUUUUUUCAUUUUAUAAUUUCAUAAUAAUAAACAUUUCAUAAUUAUUCUAAAAUUUCGAAAAUAAAAAAUCGAAUUAUCUUUUUUCUGUAUACAAAAUUGUAGAUGCUGUAAGUUAAUCAACAACAUUGCAUGUCUUAGUCAAUCUAAUGUAACAAAUAAACAAAAAGAGAGUAUAAUGUUCAUUAUUAGUAAUUAUUUAGUUUUUUCAACGAUUAGACAAUAAAAGUUGACGAUUGUAUGUACCUAAAAUGACUCCUACACUAUCGUGAAGAUUAUUGUUACAUGUAAGAUUCACUAUAUAUGUAAACGUUAAAGAAUUAUUCUAAGGCUUUAUACAUACUGUGUAAUUGAUAAAUCUUAUUCGAUAGACAGAUAAACUUGUUCUUAAUGAUGUUGUAAACUAUUGACUAUUAAUAGUACUUGUUUAUUCAUC